UUGAGCAUGCAUCGAGAAGAAUUUAGAAUGGAUUACCUUGCUGAAUCCUUUUAGACAAGGGACUUAGGACUUACUAUCUAAUUGUGUCCCACAUAGAUGAUGUUCUCCAGUGCCCACUGUAAUGUGGAGAAGCUCACUUUACGAUUUUUUGAUCAGUAACAAGACAGAACCAGACGUGGAAGCUGCGGGAUGCUGGACGGGCUCAGCUGAACCUCUAGCUGUCAUGGCAGGAUGCUGGAUGGGCUCGGCUGAACAUCCAGCUGGCGUGGCAGGGCGAGCAGGUGCGAAAACCUCUGGCUGAGGCAUGGCAGGUGACGGCAUGGCAACCACAGACGGCAGGGCGGGCUCUCCAGAGCACUCAGCAGGAACUGAUGGCGGAGCGGGAGCUGUGAAGUGCUGGGGUGGUUCGCCUGAACCCCCAGCAGACACUAGAAGAGUCUACACAAACUGCUCAAUGACCCCCAUGGAAGCAGCAACAGGCUCUUCGGGAGGUCCAGAGCAAACUGAGUAACAGGAAGAGAAGAGUCUGGUGGUGCAGCAGAGGAACAAUUUCAGCCAUUUGGACUCAGCUCAGCCACUACAGAGGAAACAAUGACUCCAACACAAAUGGACCAACAUGGAGCAAGAAGUCAGCGCUCUCAGGAGGCCGACAAACCUCACAGAAGAAAGGGGGAGAAAACCUACAGCUGUGAUGAGUGUGGGAAGGAGUUUACCCUGGCUGGACACUUAAAACGACACCAAAUCAUCCACAGUGGAGUUAAAGCGUACAGUUGUGACUUGUGUGGAAAGUCUUUUACCCUGGCUCAAACCUUAAAAACACACCAACUCACGCACAGUGGAGUUAAACCUUACAGCUGUGAGUUUUGUGGAAAGUCGUUUACCCUGGCUCAAACCUUAAAAACACACCAACUCACUCACAGUGGAGUUAAACCUUACAGCUGUGAGUUUUGUGGAAAGUCUUUUACCCUUGCUGGAAACUUAAAAACUCACCAACUCAUCCACAGUGGAUUUAAAGCGUACAACUGUGACUUGUGUGGAAAGUCUUUCACCAAGGCUGGAGACUUAAAAAGACAUCAAACCAUUCACACUGGAGUUAAACCUUACAGCUGUGGGUUGUGUGGAAAGUCUUUUACCCUGGCUAAAACCUUAAAAACACACCAACUCAUCCACAAUGGAGUUAAACCUUACAGCUGUGAGUUUUGUGGAAAGUCUUUUACCCUGGCUAAAACCUUAAAAACACACCAACUCAUCCACAGUGGAGUUAAACCUUACAGCUGUGAGUUUUGUGGAAAGUCUUUUACCCGGGCUGAUAGCCUAAAAACACACCAAGUCAUCCACAGUGCAGUUAAAGCACACAGCUGUGAGUCAUGUGGUAAGACUUUUGCUCAAAAUAGCAGUUUACAGAGGCAUCUAGUUACCCACUCUGGAAUUAAGGCGUACAAUUGUGACUUGUGUGGAAAGUCUUUUACCCUGGCUGGAGACUUAAAAAAACACCAACUCAUCCACAGUGGAGUUAAACCUUACAGCUGUUACUUGUGUGGAAAGUCUUUUACCCUGGCUGGACACUUAAAAACUCACCAACUCAUCCACAGUGGAGUUAAAGCGUACAGUUGUGACUUGUGUGGAAAGUCUUAUACCCUGGCUCAUAGCCUAAAAACACACCAAGUCAUCCACAGUGGAGUUAAACCUUACAGCUGUGAGUUGUGUGGAAAGUCUUUUACCCAGGCUGGAGACUUAAAAAGACACCAAAUCAUCCACAGUGGAUUUAAACCUUAUAGCUGUGACUUGUGUGGAAAGUCUUUUACCCAGGCUGGAGACUUAAAAAGACACCAAAUCAUUCACAGUGGAGUUAAACCUUACAGCUGUGAGUUUUGUGGAAAGUCUUUUACCAAGGCUGGAAACUUAAAAAGACACCAAAUCAUUCACAGUGGAGUUAAACCUUACAGCUGUGAGUUGUGUGGAAAGUCUUUUACCCAGACUCAAAGCCUAAAAACACACCAACUCAUCCACAGUGGAGUUAAACCUUACAGCUGCGAGUUAUGUGGAAAGUCUUUUACCCAGGCUGGAGACUUAAAAAGACACCAAAUCAUCCACAGUGGAGUUAAACCUUACAGCUGUGACUUGUGUGGAAAGUCUUUCACCCAGGCAGGAGACUUAAAAAGACACCAAAUCAUUCACAGUGGAGUUAAAGCUUACAGCUGUGAGUUGUGUGGAAAGUCUUUUACCAAGGCUGGAGACUUAAAAAGACACCACACCAUUCACAGUGGAGUUAAAACUUACAGCUGUGACUUGUGUGGAAAGUCUUUUACCCAGGCUCAAACCUUAAAAACACACAAACUCAUCCACAGUGGAGUUAAACCUUACAGCUGUGAGUUUUGUGGAAAGUCUUUUACCCUGGCUGGAGGCCUAAAAAAACACCAACUAAUCCACAGUGGAUUUAAAGCACACAGUUUUGAGUUGUGUGGUAAGGCUUUUGCUCAAAAUGGCGACUUACAGAGGCAUCUAGUUACCCACUCUGGAAUUAAGGCGUACAGCUGCGACUUUUGUGGAAAAAGUUUCAGUGACAAACAGUACCGAAAUAAUCACCUACGGAUUCACACUGGAAAUGAUGUUUCCUGCUGUGAUCAGUGUGGGAAACUGUUUGCAACCGAUGCACAAUUACGACGACACAUGUUUAGCCACACUGAGGAGAGACCUUAUAAAUGUGACCUGUGUGAGAAGACUUUUAAAGCUCCACAUCAGCUGAAAAAACACCAACAGAUCCACACAAGAAAGUAACUCUACAAGUGCAGUUACUGUGAGGUAUGUAUUUAGUUUUUUAUCUUGUAAUUUUAACCUGAUUGUUUGGAACAAGUCUGAUCAGUAAACUUAUGGAGUUAUACUGAAUGAACUGUUUUGAAAAAUGAAGACUCAUUUUCAAUCAGUAAGCUGAGUGUUGUAAUUAGAGCUGGGCGAUAGAACGAUAACGAUAUGUAUCGCGAUAUAACUUUUACUCGAUAGAGAAAUUAA